UUUUACGUCAAAAAGUCAGAAAACCUGAUAGAAUAGGCGAAGCCAUUCCCCUCCAGAAGCCAAUUACUCCAAAGUUCGCCAUCACGUCGCUCCCAACGUUUUUCGGUCGCAUUCUCAGACGCUACUACGCGGUCAAUACCAAUCCCAGCAAGAUCAUGGUCGUCACACACAACGUGAAGGGAUACGAGGAGUUCUCCAAGAAGAUGGAGGAACUGGAGAAUGGAAACGAGGCGGUCCAUGUCCUCUUCAGCGGCGGAAAGGACGAGAAUGGACAGAGCUGGUGUCCCUACUGCGUCAAGGCGGAGCCGGUGAUACACGAUGCGCUGAAAAAGGCCCCCGGCAACUCGCACUUUGUGCAUGUGGAUGUGGGCGAGCGGGCCUACUGGAAGGACUUGAACUGUCCAUUCCGCAAGGAUCCCAACACCCAUCUGAUUUUCUUGCCCACUUUGCUGCGCUGGAAGCAGCCUCAGCGGCUGGACGGCGAACGCUGCUCCAAUCAGGAUCUCGUCGAGAUGAUGUUCGAGGAUGAGGAUUAAGUCUGAGGGCCAGACUGUUAUAUUUUGGAACUUUACUCAAGUUGGAAUACACAGAAGUCUACAUACAUUCAAUUAAAACGUCCCUUAAUAAUUA